AUGGGCAACUGCCAGGCAACUGAGGUGCCCUCCGCAGAGGAGGUCGUCGUCACCACUCCUCCCAAAAGCAAGGACGACCAAGAGGAGACCUCCACCCGGUCCCCAGCCCCGUCCAUGGAAGUGGACUCCACGCCACCCCCUGCGCCGGAAGUCGUUGCGGCUGUGCCGGAAGUCGACGCCGCUGCAGGGGACGCCACAGCUUCGGCCCCGGCGGAAGCGGAUGCCCCGGCUGAGCCGGCGGCAGAAGCCGAGGUGAAGCCCGUGGUACAUGAGACCAGGUUCGGGGUCUUGCUGGAGAAAUUCAACGCCUGCAAAAUUCGGGACGCUUCCGGCACUAUUACCGACAUCGACAUGGCCAAGUUUUUCGAGGCCUGCGAUCUAUACCGUGACAUGCUCUCCAAGCUUGGAUCCGCCGCCGGCAUGGUCUUGAACGACAUCACCAGCAACCUGAAGAAGGCCCAGGUUGUCUACGAAGAGGCCCCAGCCGAUCGGGCUACCUUCUCGGGCUAUUUGAAGGGGGGAUCAGUCGUUGGUUGCACCUGGCUCUUGAGGGGUGUGGACUUCUUCCUGACGAUGGUCUAUCUCAUGUUCACUUCAAACACUGGCAGCCCGGGGGUUGAGGCGUACAAGCAGACUCUGAUGCAGUACCACGGUUGGGCGGGGGAAGCAGAAAUCUCAGUUGCGGAGUUUCGGAGUUUUCAUCGCAUUGGGGAAACGGGCACGAAUUUCUGGGACCUCAUGUUUCUAGAAGGCAGGAGGAAGGAAGAACUCUGCAUCAAAGCCUCGCAGACAAGGGUGCCACGUUGGGUCAAGCAUUGCGUCUCCCUUGAGCUUCCCUGCUUUGCUGCGUGGGAGAAUGCUCCACCACCUUAUGCUGGCGGGUAA